CAUGGCAUCUGGGACAUGUGCAGAGAGCGGCAGAGCAGCCACGACCGCCUCUGUGGGCAGGCUGAUGAGCUGGGCUACUUUGAGCAGGUACCUGUGCGGGUAGCCCAAGGGCUAAUGCCUAGCUCGCUAGUGCUCACCCUCCUGGGCUUGGUUGUGGCUAACCUGGGGGGUCGCCGCUGGGGGGUGCUGGCUGGCGUGGCAGGGCUCGUGCUGCUCCUCUCGGGGCUAAUGAGCCUCGUAUCUGCCUCUUGGUACACGCAUGAGCUGUGGGCACUGCCCGCACCACCUGGCAGCACGCUGGUUGUAGGCUACAGCUUGGUGCUGAGCUACUUGGGAAGUUGCCUGGAGAUUUUGGGGGGGCUGGCCCUUGCCCUCAGCUUCCACCACUGCUGUGAGGAGCGCAGGACCCCCAAACUGUCCCCCAGCCCUGUGCAGGAGGCUGGACCGUGCUCCACCCCUGAGGCUUACUGCAAUCCCUGGGACGUGCUAGAAGACGAGCGAGACGGACGGCACUCAAGGAGCACACUGCCUUGUGACUCUGACUUGUAG